AUGGACAUUGUCCAACCAUCUUACAUGACGGUUGAUGACUUCACCGGAGAAGUAACAUGGAUCAAACAGGUUGUAGAAGAACACAGCGUGUGUCUGCCCAUGGCCAAAGUCAAAAUCAGUGGACCAUUCGGGGAGCUAGAGACUGAGGCUGCAGUUUCCAAAAUUUUGUCACUGCAGUACCCUUACAUAUUUUCAAAUCGUUCGAAUCAGUUACUGCGUGACAAAGGGCUUAAACUGGGAGAGGGCAUAGUACAGCCAUUGACCCGCGGCCAAGCUCGUAAAAUCGCGUCGCUUUCGGCUGAAAAUGCACAAGCUGCUCCAGCGGAAGCAGUAAAGGGGAUAACUUCAAUACCCGAAUCCGAGCUAGGCUCGAGGGACAAAAAAACAGUUGAGGAGACACUAGAGUGUCAAAGUUCAAGCCUGCAGGAAGAGCAAGCUGACGCAAUCGCAAGCGAGAGAGGGUCGUUAUUAUCACCGGCCUCAAAGAACUUUGAUAAGCUCUUACGUGUGGACAGAGAGUCACUGGCAGCCGAGCAAAAGAAUGAUGACAGCUUAGCUAGAUUAUAUCACACAGCUAAAGAAGGCAUUGCUAGGCGCAACGUGACGAUACAAGAGAGAGGAGAAUUGCUGUAUCGGCACUACAGAGAUCGAAAGGGUAGGAUUCUAGAUCAAUUAGUCGUACCUACUAAGUACAGGGAGGACCUUUUGAGUCUCUGUCAUGGAAAUGGGUUGUCCGGCCACCUACGCAUAAACAAAUCAAUGGAAAGGUUGCUUAUGGAAUACUACUGGCGUGGCUGUUUCAAAGACGUAGAAAACUUUGUAAGAUCAUGCGACCGGUCCCCACGACCACUCAUUGUCCUUGCACAGAAGGCUGCGUAG